CAGGGAGGCCCCGCCCCUCCGCUCAUACAGCUGCAGCGGCCGCCCGCCCGUCUGUCUCACCUGCGCUGCGCACCUGUCCGCCGGUCCGGCCGCUUCACUCAUCCACUCACCUGUCCGAGCGCUAAGGCUGCUGGAGGCCAGGGGGCAUGUCGGAGCAGAAGGAGCUGGACGAGGAGGCGCUGUGGGAGCUGAUCGAUGACAACCGGCACUGCGUCUCGCUGGGCGUGCAGCCCUGCCUGCUCAUCCCCUACCUGCGGCAGGCGCGCGUGCUGGACGAGCUGGACGAGGACGAGAUCCUGCACUGCCUGCAGUUCACUAACCGCUGCAUGAAGACCAGUCGCAUGCUGGAUAUCCUGCGGACUCGGGGCCGGAAUGGGGCCAUUGCCUUCCUGGAGAGCCUGAUGAUCCACUAUCCCAAACUGUACACCAAGAUCUCCGGCCGCGAGCCCAGCGACACGCAGUCAGGAUUCAGCGGUAAGAGCAGCGCUCUGGACUGGUGUGCUCGGGAGGACAUCCUGGAGACAGACCUGGAGGAGGCUCUGGACGGGCGCUGUGAGCUCAUGGAGCAAAUCCACUGUCUGAGGGAGGAACACGACAGGCUGGUCAGCGAGCAUGAAGAGCUGCUGGAGCAGAAGGAGAGCCUGGCUCUCCAGGCCCAGAAGCUGACUCUGGACUGUGAGAUGUACCAGCAGAAGAGCGCAGUGAUGCAAGCCCAGCUGCGUGACCUGCAAGCGGAGAGAGACCAGGCUUACCUGGCCCGGGAUGAUGCGCAGGCCCAGAUCGCCAAGAGCCUGUCGGAGAAGGACGCCCUCCGGCUUCAGGUGGUGGAACUGCAGGAUCAGCUGUUCACCCUGCAGACGCAGCAAGCCCAGCGGGACGAGGAGAGAGAGGAGGAGAGGCGCAGGACCUCCAGCAGCAGCUCUCCUUGGCAGGACACCCUGGUCCUGGACGCCCCACCUGGCCGGGCCAAGCUGUGCCGGAUGAACGCAAUCGGCAGUGAGGCUGUGCAGUGCCACAGCCUGGAGGACUGUGACGAGCCUCUGUGCAGUUUCGGGUCCCAGAAGGCUGAGCCCCCCAGCUCUGAGUCUCUGCGCCGCAGAGAGGAGGAGCUCCAGCACAACAGAGAGAGCUCUCAGCUGGGCUCCUGGGACUGUCUCCCCUCUGCCCUGGACAUGGAAAACGAAUAUGUCUUUGUGUCCGAAGAGCCUGAGCCCACAGCAGCAGAGCCGCCCCUGCCCUCCCCAGACAGCAGGCCGAGCGAUGGAAUCUUCAUGGAGCGCAUGCGCCCCCAGGCCCUGCGCCAUCACAGCCACGUGACAACCAUCUCCUUCCAGGGGGAGGCGCUGCUGAGCCAGCUGCAAGUGGUGGGGGGGAACGAGACCGGCGUGUUCGUGCACUGUGUGACGGAGGGGUCGGCGGCACACAGUGUGGGCAUUCGUCCUGGCACCCAGAUAAUGGCAGUGAGUGGCGCCCAGUCCGACCACAGUGCAGUGCGGUUUGUUGUACUGGGGAGUCCUGAGACGCCCCAGUCUAGCAGGUUAGCCCAGCGCCUGCUGAUCAGAGCCAUUGAGGACCUGGCCUUCCAACACCUGCCGUCUCGCCGGACUGACAGGGCUCAGUGCUCGGGGAAACAGAAGGCUGUGAGGAUCGUCAGCACGGGCCAGCAGUGCCGGAGCCCACUGUGGGUGCCCAGCAGCCUGGGCGCAGAGCCCCGCCAGCACCCAGGGGGCAGUGCUGUGAGCUUCAGCUGUGUGAACCUCAUGCCCUACACCCUGGUGACCCCCCACCGGCCACCCACUGCGCGCCCCGUCAUCAUCCUCCCCAGAAUCCUCGGCCAAAUCCUGAACGACCGGCUGGCCGAAGUGCAGGGCUUCCAGAAGUGCGAGCUGGAGCCGCUGCCCGACGGGGACUACGCCUCGCGCCUGCAGAGGGGCGACGUCCUGGAAGAGAGCGAGAACAGCCCUCGGCGCUGCUGCACCGUCCAGGCUGUGGAUAAAGCCAUGGCACAGGGUGCUCACUGCCUGCUGCCCCUGGGGCUGGACUGCAUCAGGCGCCUCCACCGUGUGGAGAUCUUCCCCAUCAUCAUCUUCAUCGUCUCCUCUGAGCGCAGCGCCCGCAGACUCAGGCACAAACUGCAGCGCCAGGGCUCCUCGGAGGAGCAGCUGCUGGAGUGCUCGCGCUGUGAGGAGCAGCUCCUGGACAAGCUGCCCUGCCUGUACCGCACCAUCCUGCCUGACAGCUGGAGCGAUAGCGCCGCCCUGCUGGCCCGCCUGCGCAGCACCAUCCUGGAGGAGCAGGCCAAGAUUGUCUGGGUGGAGAAAGACCUGUGCUGACGAGGGGGGGGCUCUGUGCCAGUACACCAGCACAGAGACGCUCCUCCCCCUGCGUUUAGAGGUCACCCUAAAUCUGGGGUUCCCGUCCCUCACUCUGGGACCCCGCUAGUAAUUAUUAUUAUUAUAACAUUAUUAUUAUUAAUUCUCGUUCAGGUUGAGCUCUUAAUUGAAGUAGCUGCUGGAUUAAUUAACAUCUACAUUUCAUAAGCUCGUAGCCUGUCAGUGUGGGGCUCCCCAAGGCCGCUGUCCCGUUCUGGGGAUCUUUUUAAAUCCUCAGCAUCUCGGGACAGCAGCAGGCCGUGACUCUGAUUGUGGCCAGCAGGACCGCACUGUUAAACCAGGGACCACGUGCCUCCAGAGCAGCUUCUGUCCCCCUGCGGUGCUCAUCCUCAGCAGCUCACUGCAGGGCCUUCAUACACACCUGCACUCUGCACUUUUUACAUUGUCUACCAUGUUUUUCUCGGUCUCACUACUACAUAUUUGUUUAUUUUUCCACAACAUAUUUAUUGUUCCGGUCGUCUACAGUGUGUGGUGUUGUCUGUUGUACUGUGUGUCCCGAGAGAUCAGCGCCAUUAAGAACUACAGUGUACGUGUACAUAUGGCAAUAAACUCCUCUACUGGACUCACUGCA